AUUUGCAUCACACUUCAACUUCCGCCCUCAACAUGGCGGUGUCAGGGAGCGUUUUCUCACUCCUCCUGUUGUGUUUCCCCCUGUGUUUGGCGCAGUUCCGCAGCGUCCAUGACAUGAUCUACGUGAACAUCACGGCCCAGGCGCCGUGUGUCCGUCUGAUGAACGCCACGCACCAGAUCGGCUGUACGUCGGCCGUGAGCGGGAAUGUAGGAGUGCUCCACUACUGUGCUGAACAGAGCGAUGUUGACUGGCUGGUCCGGAGUGCGAAGAACCCCCCCUACAUGCCCCUCAUGGUCCCCCCCCUCUUCACGUACGACAACGUCCAGGCCCUGCGAGCGUCCGGGAAGGUGAGCGGCAUUCUGGUCGUGAACGGGAACCGCUCUGACCCACAACCGCCCCCGACUGGCUUCUCCCCGGUUCACAAGUGUCCAAACGACGGGUACGGCCUGUAUAAGGAUGACCCAGAGUACGCCCAUUGUAAGAACACCACGUGGAACCCUCUGGGUACGGGGUUAUCGUACUUGGACUUCGACUUCCCGAUAUCGCUUCUGUUGAACCAGACUGACGUGGACAACCUCAUCGACUGUUACAACAGGUUCAACAAGUACGACAAUGAGAGUAACCAGCAGUACCCGCUGUGUGCCGUGCAGAUCAAGGAUCGCAUGGACGGAGCCAAGGACUCCAUCACCUGCAUCAGGAGGAGCGAGCUCAGCAGCCAAAGUCUCAACCCCUUCGUGUACUGUGACGCUCUGGGCGACAAGAACGUCUGGGGCACCCUGCGGCCGCUCAACAAGUCCACUCCACUGGACAACAGAAAGGAUCUGAUCCUGGCUUCAGCGAAGAUCGACACCUGGUCGCUGUUUCACAACGUGGGCGGGGUGGGCGCCAACGACGCCACCGGCUUCAUCGCUCUCCUGGCGGCUGCAGAGGCUCUUGGGAAACUGGAUCAGGCCGAGAAGGAAGGCAUGAAGGACGUGAUGUUUGUGUUUUUCCAGGGGGAGAGUUUCGACUACAUCGGCUCGUCAAGGAUGGUGUACGACAUGAAGAGGGGUCAUUUUCCGGAGAAGCUAGACGACAAAGUAUUGCAGCCGUCGCUGGUCAACACGAAAAACAUCCAGUAUUAUCUGGAGGUGAGUCAGGUUGGACUGUGGGAACAGUCAGGUCUGUGGGCCCACAGCGACCCCGUCUCCCAGAAAACAUCCGCCGUACGCGACAACGUCAACACCAUCUUUGCCGCCAUUGAGAACGCAACGGAAUCCAGCAACGUCACAAUCAGGAAGCCACCGUCGUUCCAGGCCCUGCCCCCCGCGUCCUUGCAGCGCUUUCUACGGGAAGAUUCGCGAGUCGCGGGAAUGGUCCUCUCCGACCACAUGGCGGCGUACAGCAAUGACUACUUCAUGAGUCGUCUGGACCUGCCCGUAGAGAUCGGUAUGGACAUCCCCGCGGGCCUGAAGCCAGACCAAGCCUACGACUACACGACCAAGCAGGGCGCGAGUCUGACCAAAGUGGCUACAGUCAUCGCCAGAACUCUGUACCUCCUAGCCUCAAACAAGACUGCUUCGGAGGCUACCAAAAUCGAAGUGAACAGCACAACCAUCAACCACCUCCUGUACUGUUUCCUGCAGCAAGCCAACUGCCCUCUCUUUGCCGAGGUUCUCACGAGUAAGUCGGCGGCGGCGUUGAAGUCCCUGCCGGGACCACUCCCGCGUUACGUCAGCGUGCCUCACGAUACAGCCAGCCAGAUCAGCCAGGUCAUCGCUAAUGUUCUCACCUUCUACCUCGGCGAGCGGCUGCCCAGCCUCAACAAGUCCAGCGAAUGCAAGACUCCCUCCAAGGACCACAUCCACAGCUAUAUCUUCAUGAAUGGCCGUCCCGUGCUGAACCCGACAGAUAACACCACAUCGUACGCCAGCUUCUGCAUACGCGCGCCCGUACGGUUCUCCAAGGCAGAGUCCCCUGCCUUCUUGUCAAAGGAGAUGUUGCACUCAAACGAGUACCCCACAUGGACAGAGAGCAGGUGGACCGUUAUCAACGCUAAAAUAUUCCUCGUGUCGAGCGAGGCGGAACAGACCAUCACGCUGUCCGUGGGGGUGGUGGUUCUCCUGGUGUCCCUCGUCCUUGUCUAUUUCAUCAACUCCAAAUCAGAAGUCCUCUUCACAGCACCUGAAGCAGCAUAUUAAACACCAGACAGCCCAAACAAAAUAAAAAUUGUCUUUUCACGGAUCUGGUCACAGUAAAUUUUAUGGUUGACAUCUUCUGUAGAUUACAAAUCUUAUGGAAAACGCAACAAAGAAACAAGCUGAGCUAAAGAAAAGAUGCGUAAAUUUGUUGUAACAAGAACUGAAGCAGCAAAACAUGGCUUUGAUUUCAAAUUGACAGUAGUGUGGUAGCCUAAUAGUAAUAGUAUCAUGAGUAAUUACACUCAAGGCUACCAUGCUUACUGACAUGGCAUCUGGCUUGUUUUGUGAUAACUGAAUUUUGUGACAUAUUUCCCAUUGUCUUGCUGAUGGACCAUCGGCAGGGGGGAGAAAUUUUCUUCUCAAGGUCAGGAGAAAGUCACACUGAUGUCAUCCAUAACAUUUACCUGCUGUGGCCUUUACUCUACAUUCAGGGUAUUUUAAGCACAUCGGCAGAACAUACUGCACCUGCAUUGUGCAUAGAACAUCAGCAGGACAUCUUGUUUAAGGUCAUUUUCACAUAUUUAAGGAUGCCUUUCCAUCUGUAGUUUCCAAAAGUUGUCAAAGAUGCAACAACAACAUUCUGAUGCAACACAGACAAAACAUCCCACAACAGCCCUAUAAAAAUCCAGAUUACACACAUUUGCAGUACAUUCUGCCGAGGUGGUAGGAUAUUAUAAUGUAUGCAACAAUUUGAUGUACAUGUUGUAUUGUAGUGAAAACAAACAACUUUGACACCAAUGAUUUUUAGUGUAUUAGUACUAAGCUACCUUGUACAUACAUGUGCUUGAAUCCAGUGUAUCUAGCCAAGAG